AUGUAUGCUUGCGAAUCGACACCAUCUAGAAUUCCAAUUAUCUUAAAAUCAUUAGUCGUUGAUGACAACUUAAUAACUAGUGAAAUUCUAUCAAAAAUUCUUACCAAAAAAUUCAAGCAUCAAGUAAUAUGUAUAUCGAGUAGCAGUGAAGCUUUGAAUCUUUUAUCUCAAGAUAUUUAUGACUUUAUAUUUAUGGAUAUUGACAUGCCUAUAUUAUCUGGUAUUGAAAUGAGUAUCAAGAUAAGGAAUUCCACCACCGUUAUGGAAAAAAAUAGAGAAAUCCCGAUAUUUGCUUAUACAACUAAAGAAUGGGAAAAAGAGUUUUCGAAUGCUAGCAUGAAUGGAUAUAUCCAGAAACCGACAAGUUAUGAUAAAGUUCAAACUGUGAUUGGAAAAUUUAGGAAAAAUAUUAAUUCAAUUUCGGAUUUUAAUCCAAGGUUUGAGUUUUCUGAUUUGCCUGCUUUUGUGUAA